AUGGUUCCUUUACUCCCCAAAUUAGAUAGUAAUCACAAAAACCAAAUCACCAAUAAGAAGCAGCCUCCUCUACCCUCAGCUGCCCAAAUCAAGCAAGCCCUGCCAAGAAUUAGAUUAUCUUCCAAACUUCCUAUUGGAUCAGCACAUCCUCCUCCUCCUUCACCCUCUUCAGCAAGAAUGCAACCUUCUACGUCCCUACAAUCCUCUUGUUCAUCUUCAUCCACAAUAACCUCAGCAUCUCCUCCUCCUCCUCCUGCUUCUCAAACAGAUGUAGACACAGAAUCACUACUAAACAACUUCUUGGUGAAAAAUGACUUGAAAAUAUUGGAAAAUUAUUUAUCGCUUCUGGAAAACAAUAAUAGCAUUCAUCAAAACCUUUCUUGUUCUGCAGGGCUCAGUGACAUGAAUAUUCCUCCUAAGAAUACUUCAACCCUUCCCAGCGGCUCUUCUAAUAUCGUCGGUAAUUCUUUUAGGCAAUCGGGAUUCGAGUCCGAUGAUUCGUUGGUAAAUUUUAAAGACUUGAUCAAGUUCAAUAAUACCCAUCAAACCAAAAAAUUCUCCCCUUCAACCUCCCCUGUUAAUCUUUUAGCAUCCAACGUUUCAUCUCAUGAAGAACUAAUAAAUCAGUUGCAACAAAAAAUAAAAUUCUAUAAAAGCUCAGUGGUGGCAGAUAAUAAUAAUUAUGAUACUAAUAAUAUUAAUGACGAUGAUGACGAAGAAUUGAAUGUCGAGACUUUUGUCAAAUCGAACGACUUAUUAAUUUAUUACAAGAUUUUCAACUAUUUAAUCCAAUUAAACGACACCAACAGUAAUAGCAGUAUCAACAAUCCAAGCAACCCGAUCUGGAAACUCGGCAAAGAAUUGGAACCUUUUUUCGAUCAAUUGAUCAAUUUCUCGAAUUCCACCAUUGGCAAAGUGAAUAUCGACAACGACGGUAAUAACCUUGAUCAAUUCGAUUAUGACUUGCUAAUGAAGAAUCCAAACCAUUUGAAAUUCCUCGAACAAUUUCAUAAUGACAUUGGCUCGAUGGUCACCAAUGAGUUUUUAUUGAUUCACUGGGUCAUCAAAAAUUAUGAAUCGUUAUCAUUUAAAAACUUGAAUUAUAUGAUGUUUCUAAUGGGCGGAUUCAAGCCAGUUAACGUUUAUGCUGACAAAAAUAUCACCGCUGGCGGUGAGUAUAAUGAUUCGUUAAAAAAAUUGAAAUCUUGCUCAAGGUGUCGUAAAAACAAAAUCAAGUGUGAUUCAACGUUGAAAUUCCCUUAUAGUUGUUCUAAUUGUUUCAAGAAAAACGUCAACUAUAUUAAAGUCCAUGUGAAAAAAUUGGAAAAUACCAGUGUUUCAAAUCCUGUCAUGGAUAAUAAUAAUAAUAAUAAUAAUCAUAAUAAUAAUAAUAAUAUCACCAAUGAUGAAGAUAGUGAUGAUAAUAAAACCCUUGUCAAUCAAGAAACCACCACGUCCAAUAACUUCUUUGAGAAUGUUGCUAUCGUUGGCGGCGCUAUUAAACCCCUGUCACAAUAUAUGGAUCGAUUUCGUCAACCAGAUUCCUAUUCAAAUGAUGAUUUACCCCCUUCAUCACGCGACCAUAUCAAGAUGACAAGAACUUCUUCCAACUUGACCACUUCCUCUACCUUGACCGCCGCCUCAUUGUUGUCAUAUUCCCCAGCUUCCUCAGCAUCAUCCACCUCCAAUGAUGAUAAUAGAAAACCAUGCGAUUGUGGCUCCAAGCAUUGCUUAAGCGGGUACCAAAGAAAUAUCAAUAAUAUCAGGUACAAUCGCAGAAAUUCUAGCUUGAGACUAUUUUUAGAUUUGUUCAACAUUAGCAUUUCGAAAAAUCAGCUUGAUAAUGAUGAUUCGUAUGUUGCUGUGGAUAUGGGAGAUGAUGAAGAAGGAAACUCAAGCAAUCUGGUGGUGACUUGCAAAGUUCAAUUAAUUUCCUCCGAUUUGCUAUUGAAGAAAAAGUCGUUGAAAAAAAAUACCUUGAUCAAAUCGCUAACCAGUGAUAUAAUAGCAUUGAAGGCCAGGGUUGAUGAAAUGGUGUUAAAAGAACAGGAAAUGCUUGAGUUGUUGAUGUCACAAGAACCAAUUGAUGAUGGCACAGAAGAUGAGGCAGCGGAAAUCUCUGACUUAUAUGGGUCUAACGAAAGCUUAAAACUCAUAUAUGAUUUGAAAAAAGAGUAUCAUAAUAAACACAUGAAGGAGAUGCCAAACAAGCCUAAGCUCGCCACCAAGAAAAGAUCACUGGACGUGGUGGAAUCAGCUGCCCCGGUUUCCAAAAAGCAAAAACCAUCAUUCCUUUCAACCAAUGAAUUGCUCGUUUUGAAUGGAUUCGAUCCGGUUUUGUCUCGUGGUGGGGCUAAGAAAUCAGAAGACUCGAUAUUUGACAACCACCAGUAUUUCAAAUUUUUAAAGGAUCGAUUGCACCGUAAUAACUUUUCCAAUUACCGUGUGAUCAAUAGUGAUGAAAGCUGUAUCAUUGAAAAACUUACCGUUCCAAGGAUUUGA